AUGGUCCGCACCGACCUCGCCCCGCCCUACUCGGCGUCGCCGGCGCCCUCCUUCUCGUCCUUUUCCUCCAACACCUCUUCUGCCUCCUACGAUCCCUAUGUCGACCUCGGUCGUCUGUUGGCCCGCCUCGAACAGAAUCUGCUGCGGGCCGACAGCGACCGCUGGCGCCGCCUGGUCACCGACGAGUUCCAGCGCCUGCAAGCCCGCUUCGACGUGGCGGCGGCGCGCAAGCUGCUGACGCGCGUGGAGCAGGGCGCGCUGUCCAUCAAAGUCUUGUCGCGGCGGCACGAGGUGCAGGCCGAGCUGAACCGGCGGCGGGCGCUGGUGGAGCUGCUGCAGGAGCGGCUGGACAACCUGGACGACGAGGCACGUGCGGCGGCUGCGUUCAAUCGCGGGGCGGCGGCCGCGGGUGAGGAGGACAAGGCGGAUGGCGAUUCAGAAGAUGGCGGCGAUGACGAUGACGAUACCUCUCACAUCGUGCACGGCACAACCACAGCCGACACAACCUACACAACCUACACAGCAGCCAGAACUGGCAACGCCGACAAGCGCCGAAACCGAGACGGCACCGACACCGACGUCCACAAGCCAGCCACGGAAACCACGACGGAGGAAGACGAACCGCGUGCGGAUAGCGGCGCCGGGCGACGGAGACGAUGGGGGUCGGCAAGAGACGCACCGACAACGACCGCAAUGACGACACGAUCAAGGAGGCGGCAGCAGGCGAAGAAGGAGGCGGCAGACGAGGCGGGCGAAGCGGGGGAAGCAAACAGCGACACACAGACACAAGACACUGCCCGCACGACAUCGGCCUCCCUCUUUGACAGGAGCGGCGACGGCGAGUCCGCCGGCGUCGCCACCGAGGAGGCCGUCCUCGACCACCACCGCCGCGAGCAGGAGGUUCUGUCGGAAGACAUUCUGCGCCUCGCCCAGGCCCUCAAAGAAAAGUCGCUCCUCACGUCCCGCAUGCUCGAGGACGACAAGGAUGUGGUGGACCGCGUCGGCGAGGGCAUGAACACGACCACGGACAGCCUCUCGGCCGCGAGCCGCAGCAUGGCCGUGCUGUCGCUCAUGGCCGAGGGCAAAGGCUGGUGGGGCCGUAUGCUGCUGCUGGGCAUGGUGUACGGGUCGAUGCUGGCGCUGCUGCUUCUGUUUUUGUUCUUGCCAAAGCUGAGGCUGUAG